AACAAAAGAAAAAUAGAAGCUUGAUUCUAACGGGAACCUUUCUUUAGGACUACAUUUUCCCACGGACGGCCUUAGUCAAACGGACCAAUACCGUGCGCUUCACAAUAAUGGAAGUGAAAAAUGCUAACGCUGCUAUGCUCAGUAACUAUGAGGUGUUCAAACUCCUGACAGAUAUGAAGGAACAAAGGAAAGAGAGUGGAAAAAGUAAAAACAGCGCAGGGCAGCAGAACCUAAACACCAUCAUGUAUGAGACACUCAAGCACCUGUCAAAUACACCGUGCAGCAGACAGAAUGAAGAAGUGGUCAAAGUGUUUCUCACUACUAUGGUGCCUCACAAACUCACCAAAGCAGAAAAGCUGCAGUUACUGAACCACCGGCCACAGACAGCAGUGGAAAUUCAGCUGAUGGUUGAAGAAAGUGAGGAGCGUUUAUCGGAGGAACAGAUCGAGGAGCUCAUCCAGACAGUUGCAGAUGUCCUACCUGGUGACCCUGAGCAGGAAAACAAAGCUCCAACAGAAGUAGAGAUGGAUAAAGGUGGUGAACAGUCAUGACCCGGUGUCAACUCAUGACUAUUGUGGCCGAUACACAAACAACUGGAUUGGCAGUAAUGACGAAAAAAAAAAGGUUGCACAGCGAGUGUCAGGACUCAGAUUAUCUGAUUGUUGAAAAAAUAAUUAAAUUAUUUACAUAAUGGUGAGUAAAUUCUCUAAUACAAACAAAUGUGUUCUCCUUUUUUUAGUGUGCACUAUGCACACACUCCCAAAUGUAUUGAUCAUGAGUCACAUAUAAACCUGUCUGAUAGCUGACUUGUUUAAGGUCAACCACUUCACUGACAAAAUGAAAUCUAACACUGCUGGGGUGUGUCGUCUGUUUGUUUUGUUUUUUCACCUUGAAUAACACAAACAAAAAAGGAAGAGGCAGGUUUCAUUUUCUAAAAGUGUUGCAGACUUCUUGUGAAAGUUGAUGUGAUAAAUGACUAAACUGGGAAGCUGUGUGGUGCAACUUUACUGACUGAAGAGCUGAGUACAAACUGGACAUUAUCACUGUAAACAAACAAACAGACAGAUCAACCGUUGGCUCUGGACUACCUCAUAUUUGACUAUAUUUGUAUGUGUAGAGCAUUGAGCCAUUGAACAACACUUUUGAGCUACAGCAGUAAAACUCAUUAAUACUUGUAGACAGUCAUCAAUGUCAUUAAUGUCAUGUUAAAAUAAACAUAGUUACACAGUAAA